AACUGCUUCACCGAUUGGCAUGGAAAGCAGCAGAAAAGAAACAUCCAUCCCUAAAACGCAUACUGGACUAUCAUAGCGCAUCUACCUUUGGAAAGCUACGCUAGCCCUCAACGUCAAAGCCAGCCUGCCUUGUCCAGCUCGGACACCGCGGGGUUUGGGACACCUUCACACUAAGCCGUUCCAACACAGCGGAAGGAGUUGGAACACACUCCUCACCCUGCCAUGCAGGGGUCUCGAAUAUAACACACGGGCCGUUAUGGAGUCUUAAGUGUACAUUCUUCUCCCAACCAAGGUUCGCAAGAUCUGCCGCACGGUCACGGAUGAUCGACAGGAACGUGAGCACGGGCCUCUUUUAGAUGAGAUGGAUCUGGGGUUCCUCGAAGGUUUAAUCGGACGACUGACAUGGAGGACUGGGAACAGUAUCACUGACUAGAUGACCACAAGAGAGGACCCGAAUCAGCUACGUGGUGGGGCAGAGAGACAAAUUUGGAGGGAAAUGCAUGGGUCACAUCGAAUCUCAAACAUGGAUCGUUUCUCUACUUCCCCUUCCGCAACCCCGCGAACUAACGCCCUUGAACAACGCCACACUGUCCCGCCUUCCCUUGUUGCUCAUUCACCAUCGCCGACACGUAUUCUCCUUAAGCUGGGAACCCCUGCCCGGUUCCGCUGGCGCUAUGCUCUAAUGCAAGCCUUCAGACCAAAACUUGCGCUAUCGAUCUCCUCCCAGGGUAGUUCUUUCUGUACCUGGAUGCGGGGAAUGCAGAAGUUGACAAGUCGGACUAGAUGGAGAGAGUCUGGAUGGACGCAUCACUUUCUCAAGGCCUUCCUUUUAUGGAUCUGGAUGGAGCAUGUGAUGGUUUGUAUGCAUAGAUUGCUGGACUGGGAGGCUGUCACGGAGAGCAAUCGAGACGAAGAUCCUAGGAACUACCUGCGUGAUGGAGUGAAGUGUGGCGAGGGGUAUGUGUCUUGUAGGCAGACCGGUCCUGACUGCGCAGACCUAGCCUCAAGAUACUCACUCGUUUCAUUUCCAGAAAGAAUCAUCGUGGAGAACGAGGAUUUCCCAGUGAGUUGGUUGUCUAUUUGUAAUUGCAUGUUUCCUUCUCGACAAUCCCAAACGCCGGUUGUCGCACUUUAA